AUGCCUUUGGUUUUCGGGGCCAUCACAGCCACCUUAGUCUUUGAAGCAGUGGGUCUGGUAGCGAGCUCCUGGGCUCUCGUGGUCUCUGGGGUUCUGGAGUUGCUUAUUCUGAUUUUUGCCAUCUAUGGUUCAGCUGCACUGCUUGGAAAAGGUCUGACUCAACGUCUAGUCCUCAAAGGCUUUGGUACCCCUCUCUUUAAUGUCCUCCUGCUCGGGACCACCAACUCAGGUAGCGCCCAGAGAAUUGGCCAAGAGAAGAAGAAAAAUACAAAAUAUGCUGAGCCGAUGGCCUUGGGUUUUUUCUGUGACACUGUAGCCCCCUUCAUCUUUGCUUUCUACAGCUUUGGGUACAUGAAGUCUUUUGGUGUUGGAGUGGCAUGGGUCUCAAUCAUCACAGUUGCCCAGCUGUUCUCCAGCUAUUACGCCCAUCUGCGCCAAGACUGCUACCACACCACUAAGUUUGGUCUUCAUGCCACAUAUUGGCUGAUCAAGGCUUGGGAUGAGUUUGUGCUAUCUGCUCUGGUUUUGGAGGACGGCAAAGUGGCCUCAGGGAGGGAAGCAAUGGUGGGGAAUUGGUUCUUUGUGAUGGCAGGUGUGGUGCUCUGCGUGGGAAGCCUCAACACAGAUGUCCUGGAGCUGAUCCACAACCUGCUGUUCGUCCUGCUCACGCUCUCAACAAUCCCCCAGAUUGCUCUCCAGGGAUACUACAUCUUCUUUGGUGUAGCUUGCUCCCUGUUCACCGCAGCCUCCCUGUAUUGUACCUUCUCGCGUCUCAUCAACACCAUAGCAGAGAAGUCUCUGAUCCCUGUGGGACCCCAGCCCAUCUCCUCUGAGAUGUUGAAGAAGGCUCUCAUGUGCUGCAGGGCCAAGCAGGGAGACCAGGAGGCGCAGCCCCAAACUGACCAGGGAUCAGACGCCCUCCAUCAUCCAGGCCUAUGUCAGCCGGCUGCAGGUCACAGGAGGGGUCGUUUUGGUUCAGUCAUUCCAACCAUCUACGUAGCAGUAUGGGCAACCUGGACCUGGUUUAGGUUUUCAGGCAACCUGCUUCAGCUCUCCGCAGAGGCAGCAUACGGUUUCACAGCAGGAGCCAUUGCUCUCCUGGUCAUUAACGCUUUCCUUAUGCUCAUUGCUGCCUAUAGGAACCUGGUUUUGCUGUUUCUAACAUCAGUCAUGGAGGUCGUUCUGGUCUGUUUCCUGCUUUCCACUCUGCAACGACUUCCAUAUGAAUUAGAAAUUGCCAUGCUUGCACUUUUUUCAACAAUUUGUAUAUAUGGGGCUCUGGCGUCACUGGUGAACUGCAUCUUCUCACAUAGACUUCUGCCUAUGGGCCCUCCCUUGAUAAAGGAGAAAGUGAGGUGGGAGUCUGUUCCAGAGCUGCCCUGUCCUGUUGCUUAUUCUCGACUCACCAGCAGCCUCAUGAAGAUCGCUGGCCUUCUGGAGGAAGGAGGAGUGUGCGGUAUUCCCACAGACACUGUGUAUGCCCUGUCUGCCUCCUGCAAGAACCCCCGAGCUAUUGAGAACAUCUACAAUAUUAAAGACAGACCAGCAGAGAAGCCCAUCUGCAUUUGUAUCUCUAAUGUGGAGCAGCUGGUGGCAGCCAAGCCUCCCUUCAGCCCUCUGCUCUGGGAGUUUAUGAGGAACGUGUAUCCAGGAGGCAUCAGCUGCAUCGUCAGCAAAGGAGACUGGCUCUUCAAACUAGGAGUUGGUCCAGCUUAUGACCGUGUUGGCACUAAGGACAGCAUCAUGAUCCGAGUCCCUGACCACACAGUGACCGGCCACCUAUGUGACAUCACCGGACCCCUUGCUAUUACAUCAGCCAACCCCAGCGGAGAGCCAGACAGCACCCACCACACCAUGGUCAUCAAUCGACUGGGACACAAGCUCCAAGGGGUUCUGUGUGACGGGGACUCAAAUGAAGUUGUUGCUUCUACUGUGGUCAACUGCCUCAAAAUUGAUGAAGGAACCAUCACCAUUGUGAGGGAAGGUUGUGUCCCUGCCGUCAAAGUCCAUCAGAUCUUCGAACGAGUGAAAAGCACUAUGGUGUGAUUCUCUUGCACUCAAUUUCUCCUCUUCAUGACUGAUACCCCAUAAGAUUGGCUUGUUUAGCUCCCCUAUUUCCCUUCUACAAUCUCAGGGCGACUUUAUAAGUAACAGCGUAUGUUGUGUGUGUGCAAAUGUUAGAAUACAAAUAACCUUUUGUAGUUCACAAUGCUCUUGAUAGAUACUUGACAUUCUCAGCAAAGACCUUGGGAAAGAUACUGUUUCUUUGCUGUAUCUGCUGAACUUUUUAUUUACUAUAUAACA